AACCCUCGCUCCUCGCACUCCCACCAUGGCCUCCAGAAAAGCUGUCGCAGUGCUGCGGCCGGCCGUCAAUGGCUUUGGGCCGCGUCUUUUGCGAGCAGAAUGUGCGCAAAAAGUACAGUAUUCGACGAGAACACUCGCAAGUUACACUUCGCGACCCCGCAAGCUCGCGCGGCCAUCGCAGCGAUCCGUUCGGUAUGCUUCAUCCGAGGUUCCAAAAGAGCAAUUGGGCAAGACUGGGCUGUAUGAGCUUCACAGCAAGCAUGGCGCCAAAUUCGUGCCUUUUGGCGGCUACUUAAUGCCGGUGCAGUACAGCGACCUGAGCAUCGUCGACUCACACAAUUGGACACGAGAGAAGGCGAGCCUGUUCGACGUAGGCCAUAUGGUCCAGCAUCACUUCUCAGGCCCUGGCGCCGAGGCCUUUCUUGAGAGCAUCACUCCGUCCUCGCUUUCCUCGCUCCCCGAGUGCCAAUCUACCCUCUCGACUCUCCUUUAUCCCGAGACAGGAGGCAUCGUCGACGAUACAGUCAUUACCCGUCUCGCUGAUAAGUUCUACGUUGUCACCAAUGCCGGGUGCAGAGAAAAGGAUACGGCCUACUUCAAGGAACAACUGGAGGUAUGGGAGAGCAAGCACUCUGACCAGCCUGUGGAAUGGAAGAUUCUGGACGGCCAAGGUCUCAUCGCUCUGCAAGGACCUCUGUCUGCGGAGAUUCUCGCUCGAGUUCUGGACGACAAGUCAGUCACGGACCUCAAAACACUAUACUUUGGUCAGUGCACCGCAGCGACGAUCAAGGGCACCGAUGCCGAAGUACUCGUUAGCCGCGGUGGCUAUACCGGGGAAGACGGCUUCGAGAUUAGCAUUCCCUCGUAUGCUACCGAGGCCAUCACUGAAUUUCUGCUCGACUUCGCCAAGGACGAGCUGCGUUUUGCUGGCUUAGGAGCACGCGAUACCCUUCGCCUGGAAGCAGGCAUGUGCUUGUAUGGUCACGACCUGGACGAGACAACCACACCCGUCGAGGCUGCGCUCUCCUGGAUCAUCGGCAAGGAUCGCCGUGCAAAGGGUGGCUUCCACGGCGACUCGGUGAUCCUGCAGCAGCUGAAGAAGAAGUCGGAAGGUGGCGGUGUGUCGCGACGCCGCAUUGGUCUCAUCGUAGAAGGCUCGCCCGCAAGAGAAGGCGCCGAGAUUGUCAACGAAGCGGGCGAGAAAAUCGGCAACGUCACCUCUGGCUGCCCUUCGCCCUCGCUCAAGAAGAACAUUGCCAUGGGCUACAUCAAAGAUGGCAUGCACAAGGCAGGUACGGAAGUCGAUGUCGUGGUCCGCGGCAAGAAGAGGAAGGCGGUGGUGACCAAGAUGCCUUUCAUCCCUAGCAAGUACUUCAAGCAACCUGCAAACGCAAAAGCAUAGUCUUUAGCAUUUUCAAUUCGAAUCACGUUUUUGUCGAAAUUUUCUUCACCCUCUACAUCUAACACAUCAUUAAAUUUCUCUCGCUUCUAUCUCCAAAGCCUCCACUAGUUACAAAGAAGUGUGCAGUCGUGUGGCACUUUAUUACUUCACGCUCUGUAGACACUUUCAGCUCGCUCAGCAC